AUGGAUGGGACGUUCUCUAAGAAAAGGAAAGGAGAAACAACAGGAAAGAAGCUGCAGAAGAUUAAGGUGUGGAAACCACGGGAAUGUGCAAGAGAAUACAGAAGCAUACAACAGCAAAGAGACAUCCGAAAAGUGACUGUGGUGAAGAGCGAGGACGGACAGAUUCUGGCAGAGAAGGAAGUAGUGCUAAGGAGAUGGAGAGAAUAUUUUGAACACCUGUUGAAUGUAGAGAACGAAUGGGAAGAGCUAACACAACUACCAGUAGUGGAAGGUCCGAUACAGCAAGUAAGCUUGAAGGAGGUGUCGAUGAAGAGGAAGAAUAACAAUUGGAAUGGAGAGAACAUCCCAGAAGAUUGGAGGACAAUUAUACUAGUACCAGUGUAUAAACAAAAAGGCGAUGUAUUAGAAUGUGGGAACCACCGUGGUAUCAAGCUCUUGGAACGCCUCUUGAAAGGUGAGGAAAAGAUCCUGGACCAGAAGAUCCGAGAAGUGGUGGAUAUAGGAAACAUGCAGUUUGGCUUUAGACUAAGGAGAGGCACAACUGAUGCUAAAUUUGGGGCCUUCAGAAAGAAAGAAGAGAGCCUGCUGCAGAGAACGGAAUGA